AUGUCUCAAAGACAGACAGUGCCUACCAAGACGGGCACGCCCACCAUGUUGAGCAGCAGUCCUAGCAAAAGGCCAAGGGCUGGAAUCACCAUCGAGCAAAAGCAGGCAAUAAUCGACAACCUACAACUGGAGAUCACCGACCGCGCCAGAAGGCUGCGUGCACAAUACAACCAGCAGGCUCAAACUCUUCGAUCCCGCAUUCAAAUGCGCGUCAACCGUGUUCCCAGAUCAAUGCUCAAGAUGACCAUGGCCGACUUUGUAGCUAGAGCCAUUGAACAACAGAGGCGUCUUGAGUCGGUCUCGCGACCGCCUCCAGUGCCUGAAAAAGAUUUCCCCCCACGGGCUAACCCUCACAAGUUGGCACCACCAGCACGACCUGCCAAACGGCUAAGUGAUGCCAUGGCCGGCGGAGACAAAGAGAACGAACAAAUUUUGAACCCAAAGAAGAAACACCGUGCAGGACCAGCAACGACUGCCUUGAGCUCGUCUCAAAUUCUGUCACCAACUUCAUCUAAUACCCGAUCCCUCAUUCGUGAUCGGCCCCUAUCAUCGCCGUCUAAAUCCCAGAUUGGUCGACCUGUCUCAUCGCCUGCAAAGCAACAUAACAGUGCUCGUUCAGCAUUGACUAGCAUGGUAGAGAUGGCAAAGAAGACAGGCCGCGGGGCCCCUACGCGUGGAUUGGCAUCCUCAACAGCCAGCUCAAAUGCCUCAGCGCCCGUGAACUCCUCAGCGCCUGUGCCUACAAGAACGAGGCGAGCUAACACAACAACUGCGAGUAAGCCGCCUUCACGGCCCGCUACGCGUACGGGUAAGCGAGUGAGCGACUCAAGCGAGGGUAGUACGGGAACGGUCGUCAAGAAGACAUCAGCAGCAGCACCGGCUGCUACAACAAAAAGGACUGUCAUGGGGACAAUCAGGAAGGGUGUUGGAGCCUCAACUACCAGAAAGCCAGCGGCACCUAAAUCAGCUCCAGCAUCUACAGCAGGGUCAACUAGAGUACUGAGGAAGAGGGCAUGA